AAAAGCGGAAGGGCACCGCGGCCGUUUUGUAGCAGGAACUGCAGCUAGUCCGACAUUCAGGGAAGAUGGCGUCGAGAGUCCUUCAGAGCCUGGGAAACGGCCUGAACCGGGCGAAAAAUGGGGUUCGGCCAAAACAGCAAGUGGCAUUAACUCUCAGGAGUCUGUCUGCAUCCUCAAACUUAAACCGUGAAGACAGCUGGUUCAAAUCUCUCUUUGUCCGAAAGGUCGACCCCAGAAAAGAUGCCCACUCUCACCUCCUGGCCAAGAAAGAAGACAACAACCUCUACAAAAUCCAGUUUCACAAUGUCAAGCCAGAGUGCCUUGAUGAUUAUAACAAACUUUGUGAAGAUGUCUUGCCAAAUAUCCAUGCAGACCCGGAGUACCCCUGUGAGCUGGUGGGCACCUGGAACACAUGGUAUGGAGAGCAGGACCAAGCAGUGCAUCUGUGGCGAUACAGAGGAGGCUACCCAGCCUUGACCGAAGUCAUGAACAAACUCAGGAAGAAUAAGGAGUUCAUGGCGUACAGAGAUCAGCGAGGGAAGAUGCUGCUGUCCCGCAGAAACCAGCUGCUUCUAGAGUUCAGCUUUUGGAAUGAGCCUGUGCCGAGACCUGGACCCAGCAUCUAUGAGCUGAGAUCCUACCAGCUCCGGCCUGGAACCAUGAUUGAGUGGGGAAAUUACUGGGCUCGAGCUAUUGAGUUGCGGCAGCAGAACAACGAGGCUGUUGGAGGCUUUUUUUCUCAGAUUGGAAGCUUGUACAUGGUACAUCACCUCUGGGCAUACAAAGACCUGCAAUCAAGAGAGGAAACUAGAAAUGCAGCCUGGCAGCAUGAAGGCUGGGAUGAAGCUGUCUACUACACGGUUCCUCUGAUUCAGCACAUGGAAUCAAGAAUAAUGAUUCCGAUGAAGACAUCGCCUCUGAAGUAGCCUCCCAUGACGACCCUGACAGAAACCCACUAACCAGAAAGGAUUUUAUGAUUCCAACCAAAUGUCAGUCAGAUUUUGCACUGCCAUGGAUUUCUGGUCAGUUUCGAUAAUUAGGGUUUAGGAUUCUAAGUUUUGAUCACAAUCCACUUUGCCCAUUCCCAUAUGUUCAGUGGUCUGUGUUGAUUUUUUUUUUUUUUUUUUUUUUGUCAGAAUCUCUUCAGUUAAUGAACAAAUAUCAAAAACAACACAGUUGAACUCUGUCAGACCACUAUACACUAAAACUUCAACAGGUUACACCAGGGCUCCAGAAAUUGAGUUAAUCGUGGCAUGAAAGAGUGAUGGUGGUGUUUUCAUCAAACAUCCCAAAAGCAUAUUUUAAGUCUCACUUCAUAUUUGGGCUGUUCAAGUUUCCAUAGGCAUGACUUUUUCCCACUUUUCUUAAACGGGUUUGGUAGCAGGUUCAUUGCCGUCUUUGAUUUGUGUGUUCCAAACCUAUUCCAGCAUGUUAAUCAAUUAUCCAGAGGCUGAUUUUGUUUUCUUGAUGUAUGUAGAUUUAACAGAUCGACACUGAAUGACAUGCAUGCAUUUUGCUUAAAAAACCAUGCUGACCUUUUUGUUAUCUUCACAUUUACUGUAGUACAGUUUCAUGGCAGUAACAACGAGAGCUGUAAAAGACCUGAGACCCAUGGGUAGGUGAAAUUAGCCCAGCUAGUGCAAAGCUUUUAUGUAUAAAUCAGUUGUGCCAUUAGCCUUGCAGUCUCAUUGUAUGGUUCAUAAAAAAAAAAAAAAAAAACAACAAUAAUGCGGUUAGGAGUCCUGAGCUAGUGCACAACAGACUGGCUCUGGUCUGAGUAUAUAUAUGGUGAGAAUCGAUUUUUGUAUCAUUCAGUCACAAAUUGUGUACAUGUUAAGUAAAAGACUCAAAACAUGUUGCUGAAUGAUUAUUGGAGUGGUGGAUGGGGGAAAAUUGCAUUUAUAUUUGAGCUCCCUUCUAACAAAAAGAGCAAAAACGGUUGUCAUGCCUCUUUACUAAAUCCAACUCAGUUUUAAUCUUGUCUUUGAUUUGCAGAUGUUACCUGUGUUGAUUUCUUGUCUUUGACUAGAUUACAGACAUGGAUCGUGUAUCAAACAGUAGUGUGUGUUCUCUUUUAAUCCAGCGACAGACCUCAUAAUACUGAUUGUCUAAUCAUGUUGUCUUUGAACAAACAUUCUCUGUUUAUCACAAGGGUUAGAAACCUUGACACUUUGAAAAGGACACCUGACUGCCAAAACUUGCCGUUUUGCUCAGCCAUACUAUGAGGUUUUGUGGAAAACUGAAUUAUGAACACUUCCUUAAUGUUUAAUAUGGUUUUAUUUAACAUCCAAUGCUUUGAAAAGACUAGUUGUGUAUAUACUGAAUUAAAUUUGAUUGAACUACA